AUGGAUGGCGACACGACGGGUCCAUUGGAACCAUCGGUGUUCAUUUGUCCCAUCACCCACGCCAUGUUCCGCGAUCCGGUGUUUGUCCCAGAGAGUGGCAACACCUACGAACGCUCUGCGAUUCAGACGCAUUGGUCCGCGCAAAGGAAACGCCGCGACCCGUUGACCAACGUCCUCUGUGCAGGAUCUCUGCACACCAAUUGGGGUCUUCGUCGAGAGGUGCAAAGUUUCCUGGACGAACAUGUGAACUACGUCCCUGCGGGUUGGGAGGACCGCAACUUGCCACCCAUCGAGACGGCCAAAGCAGCCGCAAAUGCAACGCAACGCGGAAAGGGCUGUCGGAGAAUCGCCUUCUGGACACUGAGUCUUUUGUUCUCCAUGGCUGUAUUGGUGGAACACCUGAGGGCCGAAAGCGCUUUCUACUGGCCCAUCUUGGAGACGUCGGAUGUUGGCGGGGUGCCGCUCAAGGUGCCCAAAGGCUCCCGUCUCGAAGCUUGGAAGGUGAAGGGUCGUUUGGUCAUCCAGAUUCCGGCUCCGGGAAUUCAGGGCAGCAUGGUGUGUCAAUUGAUGUUCUCCGUGCUCUGGUUGAGCUUCGUCUGCUAUUGGACCUUCACUGCUUGGAACACUGGUGUGCGGCUGUUCGUUGCCUUCUCUCUUCCCUUCUGGGCUGUGGGUCUGAUGCUCUUCUUCAGCACCAUGCUGACGCCCAGCUUGUCGCAAACCUUGACAGCCAGUCCUUUGGAGUACCAGGUGAAGUCGCAGGUCUUGCGCUUGGGAAUUUCCCGUUUCGCCGCCAAGGUGACAGAUCUUGAAGAGGUUCCUGGACUCAUUUGCAUGUCGGAUGCUGAAUGCAGGCUGAUCCUUCAAGAUGGUGUGCAAGAAAUUGCCUUUGGAGGGGAUCUGAAACCAGUGGAAGUGAGAUGGAUCCAGAAGCAACUCUGCAGCCAUUGGGGCCUGGAUGUCUCUGAAUGUUUGGCCAACGCCCAGAAACCACGGCACGCGGAUGGGGAGGACGACAGUACGUCCUUCCAUGCAGACUUUGCCUCUGCCCCGGAGUGGGGGUCACAACGCCUCGCAGUAUUUGAUCAGCUGGAUCCCGUCAUGAACGUGCGUUUGGAGAUUCAGGACGUUAGCGUUCCCUUGAGCAAGGGCUAUCCGUUGGCCUUGUCUGUCUCCGCAAAGUCGACGGACGCCGCAGAGGCCGCCUCCAGGGAAGCAGCUGCAGUGCGUUCCACCAUGGUGAAACGCAUCGAGUGGCGCGUGGGGCGCAUCUCUGAGCACGUGGCCGCUGUGCGAGCAGCAGCCAACGCUGGAGGAGAAGAAGAGGCAUGGCAGCCCAUCGUGUCUCCCCCCUUCGCAGCAGGGGGAUUUGAGAAUCUGCAGCUGCACUUAUAUCCUCUGGGCUACCGUGUGAAGGGUGAGGACUCCUGUGGCUUCUUCCUGGUGUGCCCCAAAGGAAUGCACGUGAAGUGCAAGGCCUUCGUUGGCGACAUGGUCCGUGUCUGGGAUCAUCACUACAAGGAACGCGAACCCUAUGGACGUGGAAACUUCUGUCGACUCUUGGACAAGGUGGAGAACGAUGACAGCAUCCUCUGUGGCAUUGAGUUGCAAGAGAUACGCAUGGAGCAGACCACACAGGUGCGUGGUGGGCCCUUUGGUAGCGUGGUGGACGAAGUGAAGCUGGUGGUUCAACCUUCGACGGGAGGCAUGGAAAUGGUGCGAGAGCUACGAGACCACAGUUUGAAGGUGAAGCGAAAAGUGCAAAGUCGCGCAGCGCUCCAUCAAUACGCCCACCUGGCUCCUUCUGUGGACGAAAGGUUAGGCGCCCCGGAUCGCAUUCCCGUGCCACUGCCAGGUCUUGCCGUCUCCAAGUCGUCACCUCAACUGCCUUCGGUUGGAUCUCCCACGAAGUUUGAGUUGCCCAUCUCUCCGAAGAUUUCCAAGUGGCGCUGA